UCCUUGUCUUAUUCAAUUUUGGAGAGACAAACUACUGGGAUACUAAGAAAAAACCACGUAUGCUUCUGCUGGAUUCACUCAAAACAACAAAUCCGGUAAAGUUGCGAUCAGCUAUCAAAAGAUUGGUUGUUGAUAUUUUAAAAACUGAAGACCGGCAAGACAGCGAGCAGUUCAUAAACGAAGUCCACCUUGAGUUUCCUGAGGUGCCACAGCAAACUGGGGAUGAAUGUGGCAUAUAUGUUCUUUUCUUCAUCUACUGUUUUCUUCUAAAUGGAAAAUUGGGAGAAGAUUUCAGCCAGCUGUCCAAGGAUGUCAUGUUCAAUUCAGAGGAACUAGAAAAAUUCCAGAAGGACAUUGACUCAUUUCGAGCGAAUAGAAAUGUAUUACCCUCGUGCAAGCCCUCUUGUGAUGAUGAUGACCACCUCUCAAAAAGAAGUUCAAAACACAUUGCAAAUAGCAGGAGGGGCAAAACGAAAGAAGACAAGUUGGAUACUGAUAUUUUUGAAUUGUACAUGGAGGAUCUUUGGAAACGAAUAGAUGAAUAUAAGAAGAGUGCAUAUGCAUACUUUGAUUCAAUAUGGUUUUACAUGUAUAAAAGCGGGGAUAAUAAACCAAACAUCCUUAAGUGGAUAAAGGCUAAGAAGAUAUUCUCAAGACAAUAUGUUUUUGUCCCUAUUGUCUGUUGGGGACACUGGAACCUUCUUGUCUUAUGCAAUUUCGGAGAGACAAACUACUCAGAUACUAAGAAAAAGCCUCGUAUGCUUCUGUUGGAUUCACUCAAAACAACAGAUCUGGCAAAUCUGCCAUCAACCAUCAAAAGAUUCAUUGUUGAUAUUUUAAAAUCUGAAGAGCGGCCAGACAUCGAGGAGUUCAUAAAUGAAGUCCAUCUUGAAUUUCCUGAGGUGCCACUGCAAACUGCGGAUGAUAGUGCCAUAUAUGUUCUUUUCUUUAUCCACUGUUUUCUUCAAAACGAAAAACCGGGAGAAGAUUUCAGCCAACUGCCCAAGGACGUCAUGUUCAAUUCAGAGGAACUAGAAAAAUUCCAGAAGGACAUUGAUUCAUUUCGAGCGAAUAGGAAUACUGAAGUUGAAGAUUAGUGUGGACGCCAGGACUGCACCAAUUAAUGGAAGAUUGGUACUCGCUUAUUAGUUAUCAUCAGACCAUUUGACCUUUUACUAUGUCCUGGACUCUUGUGGUAAUUAGAGAAUUUCUGUGUUUCUUACCUAUGUGAGAUACAUCUUCUCUGGUAGCGACAAAUCCCGAGGAGUUGGAAGACUGCCAAGAAACUGUUGGUUACACAGUUUUUGAGCUUGGAUUUGCUACCACCCUUUUAAUUGAUUUAUAGAGAUUCGAGCUGA